GCCGGCCAAUCACCUGCCUCGCCUGACCUCCUCCGAAUCCCCGCCCGGCCUGACACAAUGCUCUUCUUCCGCGUUUUUCCGAUAUACUAUACAACAUUUAAGGGUUAUCAGCCUCCUACAUUUUUACUGAAGGCUUCAUAAAGAUAACAUGUACGCGAUAACGGGCAAAUAAAAUGACUUCACACCUUAAAGCCAGCCUAAAGUUCAGCGCCACCGUCGGGAGAAGUUGAGUUCCUGUGAGUGUGCCGUGCAAGUGCAACCAGUGGCACCCAGCACACGUGAAGUACCGGGCUUUAACUAAUGGCGUGUAUUUAAUAGGACCCUAGUGUUGCAUUGCCCUACAUUGCCGUGAUCUAGAGGACAAGAAACCUCGGAAUCAUGAACUUGGUGAGGACAUCAAGGCAGGUGGUGGGUCUGCGGCAGGCACUCACCCUCCUGCAGAAGGCCACGGCGGGGGGCGGCGGGGGGCAGACCAGGCACUACCACUCCCUGCAGGGGGUCUACGGCCACAAGCACCAGGAGCCCAAGGACUUCUCAUUACCAGAAGAUGUUGUUCAGCGGAGAGCAGAGGAGAGCAAUCUAUUCCGGUGGAUCAGUGCUUAUCGAGAGUAUGGUCACCUGACAGCAGACAUCAACCCAAUCAAGCCAAACAGCAGACAGGUGCCGGAGCUGGCGCCUGAGCUGUAUGGCCUCAGCAGCAGUGCCUCAUACAACCCUCGAGGCCUUUUGGCUGGCUGUGAGGGCAGCUACAGUCUCCAGCAGCUGCAGGACAUCCUGAAGGAGAAAUAUUGUGGCCACAUUGGUGUGGAGUUUUCCUAUUUACCUACCCUAGAGGAGAGGGAAUGGUUUGCUAAUUCUGUUGAAGGUCUCUCUGACGAAGUCAUUACUGCAGAAGAACGUGUCAGGCUAGCAAGAGACCUGCUGUGCUCCCAGGCUUUUGACAACUUUUUAGCAACUAAGUUCCAAAGUGUGAAGCGUUACGGUGCGGAAGGAGGAGAAUCCAUGCUGGGCUUUUUCACAGAGACCUUCAGAAAGGCAGCUCAAGAGGGUGUGGAGCAGGUUGUGGUGGGCAUGGCUCACCGGGGUCGCCUGAACCUGCUGACCGGCAUUCUGCAGUAUCCUGUCACCAUCAUGUUCCAGAAGAUGAAAGGGAUGCCAGAGUUCCCUAGCGAUGUCAAGUUUAUUGGGGAUGUCCUCUCCCACCUAGCCAUAUCAGUUGACUUGGAGGUGGGAGGACCAAAUCCCUUGUACGUCUCAAUGCUGCCAAACCCUUCUCACCUUGAGGCUGUGAAUCCUGUGGUCUGCGGCAAGACCCGGGCCCGGCAAAGGACCCUUGGGGAGGGCUACUACUCCUCAGACCCUGAUGCUCGGCCAGGGGAGAAAGUGGUGUGCCUGCAAGUGCACGGGGACGCAGCUCUCUCAGGGCAGGGGGUGAUUCAGGAGACCCUCGCCCUCUCUGCUGUGCCCCACUUCAACAUUGGGGGAGCUUUGCAUGUUGCCAUCAACAAUCAGAUUGGCUACACCACCCCCGGGGAGCGGACACGGUCAACAAGAUACUGCACUGACGUGGCCAAGAUGUGCAGCAUGCCAGUCAUCCAUGUUAAUGGUGAUGACCCGGAGGCUGUAGUGAAGGCUGCCAGGCUGGCUGUUGCUUACCAGAGAAAGUUCCGACGAGAUAUAUUUGUGGACAUACUUUGUUGGCGACGAUGGGGCCACAACGAGCUGGACAACCCACGCUUCACCAACCCUUCCAUGUACCAAACCAUAGAUGUGCGCAGGAGUGUGCCAGAUUCCUACACUGCCCAGUUAGUGGAGGAAGGGGUCAUGCAGCAAGAAGAGGUCACUAAGAUCACUGCUGGCCACAUGACCUUCCUUGCAGAACAGUUCAAGCUGGUGGACUCCACUGUUCCAAAAGCACCUCACCUAGAGAAGCAGUGGGCAGGGCUGGUCCAGGCUCCCUCAUCCCUGCAGGUUUGGGACACAGGCUUGGACACCAAAACUCUGCAGUAUUUGGGAGCAAAAUCUGUAGAGGUUCCAGAAAAUUUUAAUGUCCACAAACACCUGAAGAAGACCCACAUAGAGGCAAGGCUACAGAAGCUUGCAGAAGGCCGUAGUCUGGAUUGGGCUACAGCAGAAGCCUUGGCCUUUUCCUCACUGUUGUACCAAGGGUUCAAUGUGCGAAUCAGUGGCCAGGAUGUGGGUCGGGGCACCUUCUCCCAGCGCCACUGUAUGCUGGUUGACCAGGAGACUGAUGAAAUGUACAUUCCCCUCAACCACAUCAGUGAAGACCAGAGUGGCAAGCUGGAGGUGGCCAACAGCAUUCUCUCUGAGGAGGCAGUGCUGGGCUUUGAGUAUGGCAUGUCUGUGGAAAGCCCCAAGACCUUAUGCAUCUGGGAGGCUCAGUUUGGAGACUUCUUCAAUGGGGCCCAAAUCAUGAUCGAUACUUUUGUAUCUGGUGGUGAAGCUAAGUGGUUGCUGCAGAGUUCCCUAACAAUGGUGCUGCCUCAUGGCUAUGAUGGGGCAGGUCCUGAACAUUCCUCAUGCCACAUGGAGAGGUUCUUACAGAACAGCAGCUCCAGUGAGACAGCACCAGAUGGGGAGGAUGUGAACUGGUUCAUUGUGAACCCCACCACACCAGCACAGUACUUCCAUGCCCUCAGGCGCCAGAUGGUGAGGAACUACCGAAAGCCCAUCAUCAUCGUGGGGCCCAAAGUGCUCCUUCGCCACCCGGUGGCAACCUCCACUCUGGAGGACAUGGCUCCAGGAACACACUUUUUCCCUGUUAUUGGUGACUCAAGUGUUAACCCAACCAGUGUGAGGAAAGUUGUGUUUGUGAGUGGGAAGCACUACUACACACUGCUGGGGGAGAGGGAGGCUCGGGGCAUCAAGGACACGGCCAUCAUCAGAGUGGAGAGUCUGUGUCCCUUCCCAACACAGGAGAUCAGUGAGGAAUUGCAGAAAUACAAGCAGGCAAAGAAGUUUGUGUGGUCUCAGGAGGAGCACCGCAACAUGGGGGCGUGGUUCUUCGUCCACCCUCGGUUUGAAAAUCUUUGCUCUAUCAAACUGGAGUAUGCGGGGCGGGACGUGUCGGCCAUCCCAGCUGCUGGUGUAGCUCAGGCCCACAAAGUUGAAGCUCAGGAAUUGCUCAAUAAGACCUUUGCACUCUAACUGGCAUUCCAUGAAGAGUUCCUAGUCAGAGGAGUACCUAUAGUAAAGGUAACAUUUUAACUGCACUUAAUGGAUGAUUCGCAAGUCAAUAUUAUCCAAUUUCUGAUAAACAGAAUUCAGAAGCUAUUCUUAUUACAUUCUUAAAAAUUUAUUUAGGACUUAUAAGCUAACAUUAGCUUUUAAAGAAUAAGAUGUAAAUGAAUCUGACUAGUUUGAAGACUUGGUAUAUGAACUAACACAUUAUAGUGUUAGAAAUGAUCAAAGAUUUAUGAGCUAACAGUAUCUGAUUUGUGUGGCAAUUGGAAUUAGAAUUUUAAAACUAGUCAGUUUAGCAAUGCUCACAUGACAGUUUGAGUUAAAGUAUAUAGUCUUUUAUUUAGGUGAAAAUGCACUUGCCUUCCAAGGUGCCCUUUUGCCACAGAAAGUUUCCUGCCAGCUGAUUGGUUGAAAAUUCAAUGCCCAAAUACGUCUUUUGAUUUGAUAUAAUUACCAGGUAAUGUGAACCAACACUUAAGUAAAUAAGUUUCUCCAUCUGCUAUAAGUAAUAACAAUUAAAAAUGGUAAUGAGUAAAUAGAUAGUGAAGUGAUAUUCAGGAAAGUCUAUUUGUUAAUGUUGACAUUAACACACAAGCACGUGUUUGGCUGCAGACUAUUUCUUAUGAAAUUUUCACAUGACUAUCGUUAUAUUCAUUAGUUCCGUAAUUAGAGAUGGGAAAAUACUAUUAAUAUGUAGUUUUAUCUGAUGUAUUGUGAUCUACAGAAUAGGUUUACUGAAUAGCAUACUGCUACGACACACACCCUCAUGCUCUCAUCUAUAGUCUUCCAAAUAUGUCGAGGCUGGUCUGGCGUAGCCUCCCGUGGGUCCUUUCCUCCCCUCUGCUCGGCCACACAGUCCCAACUCCUAUCUCUUCCUCUCAUAUGUAAGCUAUAGGUAACAUAUGAGAGGAAAAAAUAGGUGUUGGGAGUGUGUGGCAGAGCAGAGGGGAGAAAUGGACCCGCGGGAGCCAACGCCAGAACGGACUCGACAAUUUGGUUUCACUAUAAGUCAUUAGAAGUUGAUGAUUACAUGUUUUCUUGUUUGUAGUGCAACUUGCUUAUCAGUUAAAACAUGUGGAAAAAUCCAUAUGAAGUAGCAUUCAGAACAAAUGCUUGUGUUGCUGACUAAGGUAACUGAUGUCAACUUAUCAAGCUUUACCACUUACCAGCACAUUACUUCAUAAUAUAUUUAGUCAUUAUCAUUUUUAAUUGACAACAUAUGUAUGAGGGAGAGGAGAGCCAAUAAUUAAGUGUUGGUUCACAUUACCUGGUAGUCAUUUCAAAUAAAAUUAUAUAUUCGAACAUUGUUUAUUCAAGCGAUCAGCUAGCAGGAAACUGUUUGGAAAAAGGGCGCCUCUGCGGGUGAGCCAAUUUUUGCAGCAAUAAAAAAAUACCGUAGCUAAGUUUAAUUGACUUAAUUGGAACUUUCUAUAUUUUUCUCAUGCUGGUCUCACAGCCUGAACAAAUGAGCAGUGGAGGAUUUGAGAAUGUCAAAUGUUUAUCUCAAAUACAAGUGUCUUCCAUUUGAGGUAUAGGAAAUGUGAAUAACUGAACCUGUGAGGAACUGAACAAUGAAGGGAGGUAAGUGUAGUGCACUGCUCUCCUGUCUUGCCUUCAUACAGUGACAAACACUCCACAGGUUUGUCAGGUGUACAGCAAGUGCCUGGCCAUCUCUUACCCUUCCCACAUCACAGUCUUCCAUUCAUGACAAAUUUUAUUACUUCAUUUUAAGAUACAUCCGGUUGUUUUUAUGGCUGCUAGGCAGUGGACUGAGGGUGAAAGUUUUAUUGGGUUUAAAAGAUGUUUCAUCAUCUAUUGAUAAUGGCUUUGUAUUAGUAUGAUGUGGAUGGUGUUACACACACACACACACACACACACACACACACACACUCAGGGGUAGAGCGUCUGGCUCACAACCAGAAGGACCGGGGUUCAAUUCCCCGGCCGGGUGAAGAUAAGUUGGGUUUAUCUUCUUUCAUGUGUAGCCCCUGUUCACCUAGCAGUGAGUAGGUACACGACAUCAGGCAAGGAGUUGUGACCUCGUUGUCGCGGUGUGUUGUGUGUGAGUGGUCUCAGUCCUACCCAAAGAUCGGUACUACGAGCUCUGUGCUCUUCCGUAGGGGAACGGCUGGCUGUCUCGAGAGAGACCCGCAGCAGACUAAGAGGUGAAAUUACACACACACACGCUCGCUACACAACCAAGAGAUUCUGGGUAGUCGUUUCCUGCCUCCAGGGUGUGUAUAAAGUUUCAGCCAUACCCAGAGAUCUGUCACUUUAGAGCUCCAAGCUCAUUUGAAGAGAGUACUGGCUGGCAAUUCUGAGUUCAGCGUGUGGUCAGACCAUGAUGGUGAACUACACUGGAGACGGAGCUCGUGAGAACUAUUAAUGUUCACAAUUUUGAGAAUAGGUUGUAUAGAUGCAGAUGAGGAGACAACAGAGUACAAACAUGACAGAUCUUGUUUACUUAAACUUAGUAAACACCCCACACAUGAGAGAGUGAGUGAGUGAGUGUGUGUGUGUGUGUGUGUGUGUGUGUGUGUGUGUGUGUGUGUGUGUGUGUGUGUGUGUGUGUGUGUGUCAAGUCUAGCCUGAAGAGGAAGCUUGAAGAUCUGAUCAGUGUUAUAGAUGGUUUCAUUUCACUGUCCAUCCACAGAGCAUGAAUGUUGAUAGACGUAGCACAUGCGUAUUGUGGCUCAUGAGUGGCUGAAGAUUGACAUGUCCGAUACCACUGGCUACGUGUGAUAAAUAUUUAAACUAUUUUUCAGUAAUAGAAUCCGUCGGAGGGUAGUGUUGCUUUCUAAACUACCCUCCUAUGGAUCUAUCUCUGCUGUGGUAGAUGGUCACUGUUCCUCCCCUAAACCUAUCAACAGUGGUGUACUGCAGGGCUCUGUCCUAUCUCCCACCCUUUCUGUUCAUUGAUGAUCCUUCAAAACAAUCUGUCCUAUCCACUCUUAUGUCGAUGACUCUACUCUGCACUACUCAACGUCUUUUGACCCGAGUGACAUGUUCCAGACCAUUAGCUCUAUGCAUUACAAAGGUACGCAGCUAUAACUCCUCACCACCCAACCCUCAUCUGUGCCCACCUUCCUCAGGGGAGAAAUGCACAUUAAAAUAUGUAUAAAUAAAGAAGUGCUCUGAAUCUGUAUGGCUUAGCACUGGUGAUGCAGAAAUAAGGAUAUAUUGUGAAAGUGUAAGAGGAUUAAAAUCAAAGUGUGACAUAGUUUCAGUUGUAGGUGGAAGUGUUGGAUAUUAAAUGUGCCUUAAAGUGUAA